AUGCAUCGAGAAAACUUUGUCAAAUUUGAGUUUUUAUGUAUUUCAUUAACAUUUACUUAUAGUAGAAUAUGGUCUAAUGAUGAUAAAAAGAACAAAGAGAUUGAUGUGUGUAUUAAUAAAUAUAUUUUUUAAUAUGAAUGUUAAUUUAAUCUGUCCUUAACACAAAUAACAAGUUAUCUAAGCUUGUGUAGAUUUAGAUUGCUAUGUAUUCCCUUUUAUGUGUAAAGUGUGUAUGACAGAUUAAAAAACUAUUUCUUAACAUUCAAAACACAAUCAAUGUUUGAUACCCUACCAAUAAUACGUAACAUCGGUAAGUAAAUAAAUAGAGGAGUAACUUUGUGAUGCAAAUAAAUUCAUUGAUCUCUUCAAAAAAGAAUCUCAAGUUGUCUAAUAAAUAUUAUUAUCAGAUGAACAUUUGAAUAAUAUGGAAGGAUAUGUAAGAUCUUAAAAGCAAUAAAUUGAAUCUGAUGCCAAUUAAGCCUUAGAAUCUAUUACAUUGCUAUUUUAAUUACAUAAAAAAGAACUCAUCGAUAAGUUAGAUCAAUAUCUUAAAAUAUACAAAUAAAACUUUUUUAUACUUAAAGAAUAAUUAGAACCCAUAAAAUUCCUUCAGACAAAAUGUAAAUAUUAUUCAAAUGAAAACAACUUAAAAGUAAGGAUAAUCACUAUUAUAGUAAAAACUGCAUACUGAACCUGAUUUAGGAUCUUAACUCAAGUUGUCAAUCAAAUAAAUGUAGAUUAUUAAAAAACCUGAUAAUUUAAAACAAAUUCUUGAUAAAAUAAAAAAGGCUUAAGAAUUGUAAUACAACAAUGAGAAUUUCAAUAAACUAUUGACUGAUGCAAUGAAUUCAAUCAAAGACUUCUAUAUCAAAAAUGUCAGUAUUCCCAAUCAAAUACCAAUUGAAAUAUAGCAAUAGCCAAACAUACUUCCUACUGUUCAAACAAUAUCAUCUCCUCCAAUUAAAAGCAAAUUCAUGGAUGUAUCAAAUGCAGAUAAAGUGACAAUGUUAGAUGAUAAUAAGACUGUGGUUUCCGCAGUAGAUUCUAAGAUCUCAGUUGUUAGUUAAUUAUAACCUUUUGUUAUUAUACCUAAUAUUAAUGUUUUAAUUUUGGAUUAUAGGAUUAUUGAAGAUACCAAUUAGUCUAAGGUAAUAUUUAUUUUAUAUAUAUAUCUAGAUUCAAUCAAAACAACGAUUCAAAAUUAAGAAAAAAUUAAGCAUUGAAUUCCAAGUCACUUCAUUGGCUCUUGUUAGCAAUGUCUCUGUAGCAUUAGGAUUGGCUGAUGGAACAGUCAAAUUAUUAGAUAUGACAACUAGCAAAGUUAGCUUUUAUCCUAAUACUUAUAUUCAACAUACCAAACCUGUCUCUCAACUCUUGAUUUUGAAGCAAAAUAAAGGAACACGAUUGGCAUCGUUAAGUGAAGAAAACUAUGCCAUUAUUUGGACAUUAGGAGAAAAUUAUGUGCCUUAUCCAGAAAGGAGGCUAAUUGGAUUCAAAUCCAAGUUGAAUAGAAUUAUGGAUAUAGCAGAUUCUUCUCACGUUCUUUGUUAGAGUGAUACAAAUCUAUAACUUAUCAAUUAUCAUGAUAACAGAAUAGCCUAUUCUUUUGAAUUUAAAACUUAGCUCAUUGACUUCCUUUAUAUAAGUAAAUACGAAAAAUUUGCUACAAUAUGUUAAGGAAAUAUAGUUUCUAUAUACAGUCUAAAAAUGAAUAAUAAUUUAUAAGGAGCCAUGUUAUUAGUUAAUUGCGAGUUAGAAUAUACUCAAUCAGCCCUUCCAAUCUCAAAUAUAAGUGUAUGCAUAUCCACAGAAUACUUAAAUGACAUAAUCAUCUGUUAUGGAUGUACUGAUGGAUCAGUCAAAUUGUUUAAUGUUAUUAAAAAUAUUUUAAUUGGAGAAUAUUAGGUAAUAGAUUGAUAUGUAUUUUUAGUUAUUUAAUUCAAAAGUACAAGAAAUGAUAAUUGUUAAGUAGAAUAAGCAUUUUAUGUUAGUGGUAUUUGGUGAAAGUGUAAAAUAGAUAAAAGGCAUUAUGAUUUAAGAGAACAAAGUACAUCCAAUAGAAAUGAUUGGAGAAUUACUUGAAUGUCCAGCAAAAUCAGGAAAAAAUGUUAUUUAAACAUUUUUCAAAAAUAGAAGUUCAUUUUAUUUACUAAGUGACUCCUAGAAAGACAUUGGAUUAUAUGAAUUAUGCUGA